AUGGCAGCAGUAUUCAUACCCCCUUCGCCUCAGACCUCCCUGAACAUGUCGACUCGCCGACCACUCGCAAACGUGCCGAAUGCUACUAACUCCCCCCAUAGGGCAGGCCUCGUGCCUGCCAAACGCCCUCGAACCACAAAUGCACCCGUCGAUAUCCCUUACGGCCAGCCACCACCCAAAAAGCAGGUAAUUGAAGGUGCAGAAGGCGAUAGUCGGUCACAAACCCAUACCAGGCCUGCUACUUUCCAGAACGCAGACUCCAAACUGUUCACACGCCGUACGAACAAUGCCCAGCCAAGUGCCUUUGAGAGGAAACUGGUCGCUGUGAGGGACAAAGAAAGACAAUCUCAGCUGCGAGGGUCUAGACACGAAAGACCAUCAGCGGAAACCAUUGAUUCUAUACGGCAGUGGCAGAGACAUUAUCGGAAGGCAUUCCCCCAGUUUGUCUUCUAUUUCGACAGUAUUCCAGAGGAUCUGCGUAGCAAAUGCUCGCGACAAGUCCUUGCAUUGGGAGCUCGUGAGGAGAAAUUCUUUUCGCGUUUAGUAACACACGUUGUCACGUCGCGCCCUAUCCCUCCCGAAACUGAUGUGGCGAGCCCGGCGGAGGUUAAUACGGAAUCGGUGGACCAAGCUGCUGCAGACGGCACUCUGCAGACGGUAAACCCAUCAUUACUGGAGAAGAACCCUGAUGCGCACCUACAUGUGUCACUCAAGAAUGACGCGCGGCGUGAGCAGAGCAAUAUGGAUGUUUUGCAUAGGGCUCGUCAGAUGGGAAUGAAAAUAUGGGCUAUUGAGAAACUUCAACGGAUGAUCGCCACAAUCAAUGAUGGAGACAUAGGCGGUCAUAGUGGCCAUUCGACCCGAAACAACCAUGUCGGCGGUGGGCAUUCUAGGGGUAGGGGCGAGGCAGACCUUUCACAAGUUCUUCAGAAUGAGCUCAACGGCUCCUCUGACCGCAACCCUCUCUCCGUAUUAAAGGAUCUAGUAAUGUUCAAAGGUCCAUUUGUCUAUGUUCAUGACAUGGAUGAGAAGACGAGGCCUGUUAUGGUUCGCGAGUACCCGAAAGUUGUUAGACGCCAAGACGGUAUCUGGCCACAAUUUAGAAGUGCUCCGCUGGGCAAAUGUCCCUUUAUCGAUGAACCUCCUACAAAGAAGGAACUAGAAAGGCAGCGGGCGCGUCAACAACAGAAGAAAAAGGCUGCUUCAAAGGCUGCCCCUACCCAAGAGGCCCAGGCUCCAAGAACAAAUGUUUCCGAGUGUGCUAUUGAGAAAGCAGCUGAUCGCGUACCUAAGGAAGAGAAUAGCCCUCAAAAUAUUCAUGAGGAGGCUGUAUCUCAGUCUAAACAGCCAGAAAUGCAGGAUAUGCAGCCAUCCCGACCGUUAUCCCCGAAGAAAAGCUCUGAAAGUUUUGUCCCCCCCCAGCUCAAUUGUGGUGGACGAUUUUAUACUGGUGGUCGCGAACCCGCGGCGUCGGGUAUGCAACCAUCAAAUAUUACUUCUGCUAUUCGUUCCCAGAUGGUGUCCUCUACUGCUGCGGCGCCUGGCGCAAAAGCUGGCAUAAGCAAAGAGGUCCAUGAGCUUAAGAGAAAAGUCCUCGAAAAGAGCAAUGGGGGAUACUCCGCUGGCACGGGCCCUUCAUCGUACCGGGCUAUAGAUGCUACAGCGGCGCUGAAGUUGACGAAGAGUCAAGGCAGUCGGCAGAGCAAGUUAGACCCGCCUGAAAAGCUUGGGAACGUCAUUGAGGAGGAAACCACCCAAUCGGAGAGCAAUGAUGCGGAAAAACGGCGAAACAACAUACGAAAAGGUAACUGUCGAAAGAAAAAGGAGAGAAGGAGAGAACCGAAGCCAGGCUAUUGCGAGAAUUGCAGGGAUAAGUUUGACGACUUCGAAGAGCAUGUUAUGACAAGAAAACACCGCAAGUUCGCGACCAAUGGCGCAAAUUGGGCAGAAUUGGAUUCGCUCCUCUUCCAGCUACAGCGCCCACUUAAGGAUGAAUAUGAAUAUGUUUAG